AGCAACAUUGACAGAAACAAACCAUUCUGUGGAUCCUGUGAGGAAAGAGGGACGUUACGAGAGAAAAAGACAGAGAGAGAGAGAAAAAGAUGGCUGAUGCCCCAAAGAUUGAACUCUUUGUUAAGGCCAGUGUUGAUGCUGAGAGUGUGGGGAACUGUCCUUUCUGUCAGAGACUCUUCAUGAUUCUUUGGUUAAAAGGGGCCAACUUUACCCUCACCACUGUGGACAUGAAGAGGGCACCUGAUGUGCUGAAGGCUUUGGCUCCGGGCUCUCAGCCUCCCUUCCUCCUCUACAAUGAUGAGGUCAAAACGGACACGAACAAGAUUGAGGAGUUCCUGGAGGAGAACCUAGCCCCACCACAGUAUUCAAAAUUGUGCUGUCGAUACAAAGAGUCCAACGGGGCUGGAGAAGACAUCUUCCGUAAAUUCUCAGCAUAUAUAAAGAAUCCCAAUCCUGGAUUAAAUGACAUGCUAGAGAAGAAAUUUCUGUCAACUCUGGUGAAACUGAACAUGUUCCUGGAGACACCUCUCCCUCAUGAGCUAGACCAGAACCCAAAUGUCAUUGAGUCCUCACGCCUCUACCUGGACGGUGACACCCUUACCUUGGCAGACUGCAACUUGCUUCCCAAACUCAACAUUGUCAAGGUGGUGUGUAAGCAGUACCGUGACUUUGCCAUCCCCGCUGAGCUGAAAGGUCUGUCACGUUACCUGAAUAACGCCUACAAACAAGAUGAGUUUCGCUACACCUGCCCAAAUGACUCAGAGAUCCUCAUUGCCUACCAGUCUGUGGCAAAGUACCUGAACAAAUAGAUCAAGAGGGAAAGAUGAAGCUGCAUAAAUGAGAAUGUAGAAGAGCAGAGUGAGGAAUAAAAAAAACAGCAGAGAAAAGGUGAAAACUGUAAAUGAUUUAUGUUUUAUUUGUGUCAAAAUCGUGUGAGUCAGUUUUAUGAAAAGUGUCUGCAGUGGCGUGUUCAGUAAUUAGGUUCUUUAAAAUAAAUUGUCAUGUCAUUUUCAUGAAUUUAGUUAAGAUAUUCUUGAAAUUGAAAACUUUUAAGUUCCUUAAAAUUUGUACUGUAAGUACAUUUUCUGGUCGCACUGAUGUGGAUUUCUUAUUCUGCCCCUGUAAAAGCGAGGAAGCACUGUAAAUCCUGCUGAAUAUUUAUCUUAUGGCUCAUUGUGCAUUCAUGUAUUGUGUCUAAGCAUUUAUUCAAUGUAGACUGCAAUUAAUUAAUUAUAUUUAGAUGCGAAUCAAACUAAAUUCAUGUUAUUUUACAUAUUCAAAAGGUUAUUAGUGUAAACAUUAAAAUCAAAUGGCUGUGGAUAAGCCAGCCACAACAUUUUGCUUUUAUAAUGUAUAAUUGUGGUAGAUUUUAAAUCACAGUCACAAAUAACAUUGUUUCUCUCAAUGAAAAAGGUUAACCUUAUUUUUCUUUAUGAUUUUUUGUAAAGUAAACAAAAGUACUGAGUUCAGAUAGCAUUAUUGUAUGAAUCUCAGUAGUGACUAAGUUAUGUUUAACUUUGAUAUAAAUGUAAAUUAACUGCAUGAAGACAGGGUGAAGAAAAUGAAACAUAUUUUGAUAUAGCUGAUAUUAAGGGCAAAGUGGAAAAUGUUUCACAUGCUGAUUGUAUAAAUAUUUGGUGAGCUAGUAAUGAUGUGUAUCAUUGUAGUGAAAACAUGCAAAAAUUGCUUUAAGUUACAGGUUGCUAUUUUGACCACUCUAUGGUUAAUGUUGAAAUAUUUGUCUUCAUGCUAACUGGACAGUUGAUCUAAUAAACUGAAAUUGCAUAUAUGUGACAAAGGGCCUAUUCAUGCCUGU